UUUCCUCAACAGGAAGGAGUGAAGACUGAAAACAAUGACCACAUUAAUCUGAAGGUGGCAGGGCAAGAUGGGUCUGUGGUGCAGUUUAAGAUUAAGAGGCAUACACCACUUAGUAAACUAAUGAAAGCCUAUUGUGAACGACAGGGGUUGUCGAUGAGGCAAAUCAGAUUCCGGUUCGAUGGGCAGCCAAUUAAUGAAACAGACACACCCGCACAGUUGGAAAUGGAGGAUGAAGAUACAAUUGAUGUGUUCCAGCAACAAACAGGAGGAGUUUACUAAAAAACAAACAAACAAAAAACAAACCACAAAAAAAGAACCUGCUACUUUCCUCUCCAGAACUGUGCUCCCACAGGCAACACGUUCACAAUUAGAAAAAUAAGACUUGGUUCAGCCACAUCCUGACUACUGCAGUAUAGUUUUCUCUCUUCUCUCUCUUGAUUUUUUUUUUUCCUAUUUCUUCUAUUGUACAUAAGGUAACUGGUGUAUGUGCACAGACAAAACGCAUUUUUUUUUUUUUUAACUAAAUGGCCAAUGGUAUGUUUUGAUCAACAUUUAAUGGAGUUGGGGUGGGAAAACAAACUGGUUCUGUGAAAAUGCCCCUUUCUCCAUUAGUGGCAUGCUCCUUCUACUUUUAUCUUUAUAUUCCAGUAAGUUAUUUUGCUCUCCUUGUUUAAAAACAAAAACCUUACAUACUUUGUUUGAUCGGAUAAUUUCAAUGUUUUUCUUUUAUCAUUGUAAAACCAAGGACAAUUUUAUAACUUUUUUGUACGUAGCUGUUACAUUGUAGAGCAAUCUGUCUAAGUAGGGGUAAAUUACUCUUUAAAAAAAAAAAUCCUAGAUAGUUCUCCCUUCUAGUAAAGCGUCUUGUUGUUUAAAUAAACUUCUUGUUUAAAAUAA